AUGCUUCGAGCAUGGAUGAAGAACAAUAAAUCUAAAAAAUGGUCUGUGGGAUUGAAGUUUGUCCAAUUCCAGAAAAACUCUUCACACCACCGCAUAAUUGGCCGAUCUCCUUACAAAGCAUUAUUUGGUUGUGAGCCUAAGGUUGGAUUAACAACAUCUAAUUUACCACAAGAAGUUUUAAAAAAAUUAACAGCUGAAGAAGAUCUGGAAGAAAUAUACAACCAAUAUGAAGAAGAAAUACAAGAACAAAUAAAUGUUAAACGAUAUUGCGGAAUUUGUAAAAUUGAAUCCACAGAAGACUUUUGUGAUUUGUGUAAAACAAAUCAAAAAAUAGAAGAAGAACGUGAAGCAGCGCAUAUAGGUCAAAACAAAGCCGCCAAAAGAAUGUUACAGAUUAUAAUUCCUACGUUCAAUAUUAAUGACUGUAUCACAAUUCCUGUUCCAAAAGUCGAUAGAGGGCCUUUGGACCCAGCACGCAUAAUUGCUGUUAUAGUUGAGAAAAAAAAUGAGUUGUAUAGAGUAGGAACUGAACAUGGUUUAAUUAAAGGAUGGUUAAGUUCUGGAAAUAUGCAGCGUACCACAUCACAUUUCAUAUCUGCUAAUCAAGUUGACAAGCAAAACGAAUUAACUUUGCGUGAAACAGUUAAAAUUAUAUCUGGAGGUCAAGGAUUUUUGAGUUGUACAUGUAAAAGGGCUUGUCAAACUAAACGUUGUGCUUGUUUUAAAAGUAGUAUUAAAUGUAACAGCCGUUGCCAUAAUUCAUUGAAUUGUUUAAAUAAAUAA